GUGCCCUCUAGAAUCGCCGCGUGCCCGCGUUGCAUAUGAGGCAGUCUUUGUGUCUUCUGGGCUCAGACGGCACCCGGCCCUUGUCAUGGCUUCUGCGCGCAAUCCUGCGGAAGGAGUUGGUGCCACUCUGGAUGGUGUCCUCGCGUCGCCAGGGUCAUUAGAAGACCCGUCGGCCAUCCUCUGGACCGAGAGCUCACAUGCGCGACGGAAGACAACGGGGCCGACUGCGUGGACAUUUGCUCGUGAGUUUCCCGUGUAAGCGCCCUCCUUUGCACUCGUUGUGCCGCAUUGGCAGCCCGCGUAAGCCGCGGCGUAAGGUUUGACGUUUUCUCGCGUAGGACCCGUCUCUUGUCGUCGCUCAAAUGUAAUAGUCUAUGAUGAGAGUCAACGACAGUUCUUUUUGCACACGUAUGUUGUAUGUCUUGAGUUGGAGUUCAAACUGGCGUUGGUGCAGAGAGUGAAGACCCUGCUGGAAUCUCAAGAAGACAAGGACGCACAGGGCUCGUUUGCUUUGGAUGGUUCUGAAAGUGUUCUGCGCGAGUUGAGCUAUCCCUCCCGGGAAGACGAUCAACUCGUACCUGUACAGCGAGUAUUGUACAAGGCGUUUGGGAAGAUGUAUUGGCGCGAAGUUGUUUCGAAGUUGUGGCAGUACAAUGCGUCUGUCCUAGGCGAGGCCAGCGAUGACCACGAAGUAGUUGUAUUAGUCUUUCGGCUUACAAGCAGAGCACCAUUGCAGUUUGAUCUGGUGGAAGCUUAUAAUGAGAAAAGUACUGUGCUGGCAAACGUCAUGUCUGCGUACCCCCCACAAGAUUCGACAGGCAACACGCCGACAGUGGAGUUUGUUGCUGGCAUCGCCAACGAUGUUCUUUCAGAACUGGGCAACAACAAUGCCAAAUUCUGGGAUGCUGUUUGGAACGGAGACACCGCCAGCCUGGAAACUUUGAGUAUUAUGGCGCGACGGGCUUCGCAUAGUGUUGAAGAGCUAUCCUGUGCAGAAGCUUGCAUCCAGUACCCGCACUGGCGAGAUGACGCCUUCUUAACGUAUAUUGCCCCAGAUGGAGCUGACCUUGGCGACGCAUUGGAUUUUAGAAUGCAUUGGUAUCUUCAUGGCAGCAAGGAGUUCAUCAGUCUGCAAUCCACCGUUCGUGUCGACGCAGAUCCACCACCUUUGGCCCGCAUCCUCAGCUUGCAGUCUUACCUGGCACGUCAGCGAAUCCCCUGCGUCCUGACAUCGGUAAAUUCGUUUGGCAUGUUUCGCCAAAUUGUCAAUUGGUUUUUACUCGCACCCGAUGAGCGCGAACAGAUGAUCAAUCUGUAUGGUGAUGAGAAUGCAGGUCUCUAUCAUGUUCCAGCCGUUUUGCACCGCCAGCCAGAUUGGCAACCCUUAGAUGGCGCUCACAGCGAUGGCCUCGCCACUCUCGCGCUCAUCAUCAAGUCUCUUUUCCUUGAGCGUCUUCCGGGAAUUCCAGCCGAUGACGACGAGAGCCUUGCACAGUUCGAGGGUCGAGACCUGCUGAGCUGCAGCAUGUCAGUCGCGCACCGCGAGAUCGGCGAGAGCUGUCUGCACUACUACAGCACCCGUGGUGUCUCAAUGCAGAGUCAGAGGAUUGCGGCCAUGAGCGAUGAAGAACUGAUGCACGUGUGCAGCGGCUCUGCGGAUGACGACGGCUAUGGCGACAAAGGUAUGCUGUUUCAUGGCUACGCGCCCGACAUGCAUCAGGCGUUGGCGGAAUUGUUUGUGAGCUUUCGGGGUGCGACCGGCGGCGAGUUUCGAAGCUAUUUGCAGGCAGUCGCUCUGGUUGGCGAAGAUACCAACGGGCCCCAGUCCUUGGACAAUUCCGUGUAUGUCUCUGGCCGUUUCGGGAAUUAUCAGUUGGCAGAAAUGUUUAGCGACGAAGGUUUAUCGCUUUGGAAGCGAGUGAAACACAACGCAAUAGAAAUAAUUCGACAGGACAUGGAGGAAUGUUCAGAUUAUUCUGAUGGCGAGAACAGAAUGCUGGAUAGCCGGCUGCAGAGGCUCCUCAAAGAUGCUUUACAUCUCGAAGCAGGCGCCGUGUCAAAUGGUGAGUUGCGCGCGCGGCUUCUGAAUCUGGAGAGAGACUGUUGGCCCAGUUGCGCGUUGCCCGAAGGCGAGGUCAAUACCUCUGUGAACGCACAAGUGCGAGUUGUUCCUAACUCUGCUGUGCACAUGGCGCCGAUUCGAACAUUCCGUUUCUUCACAAACGAGGAUCGGCGCCAGUUGAAUGAUUUUGUAGAGACGAAUAUUGAGAGAUUGGACAGCUUGAGGAAUUUCUUGACAAACUCAUGAAAGCACGGGAA